AUGUCUCCAUCAGGGCGUCCCGAUGCGGUCCGGUUGGUCUUCCUCGGGGGAGCAGGGGUCGGGAAGAGCGCGCUCAUCCGCCGUUUCCUCCACAACCGCUUCGAGCACAAGUACACGCGCACGGUGGAGGAGCUUCACGUGCUGGAGUAUGAAACAGCUGGAUCCGGGAAGAUGCGUCUGGAGGUGUUGGACACCAGCGGUAGUUACUCCUUCCCGGCCAUGCGGGAGCUCUGCAUCCGACACAGUGAUGCCUUCGCCCUGGUUUACGCAGUGGACGACCCGGGCUCCUUCGAGCACGUGAGGGGGCUGCGCGAGGAGAUCCUGCGGCUGAGGGGUGACAAGGGCGCACCCAUCACGGUGGUCGGCAGCAAGGCAGAUCUGACCCAGACUGAAGGCCGGGUGAUGUUGGCAGCUGAUAUCAUGGCCGAGGUGGAGGGUGAGUGGGAUGCCAACUUUGUGGAGGCGUCUGCACUCACCGGCUUCAACACGGUCGGGGUUUUCCAGGCGCUGCUGCAACAGGUGCCCCACCAGCUGAGCCCUGCAGUGGGGAGACGCAGAGACACGCUGCCCACACCAGUGGUCAAGAAAAGACCACCACUGAAGAAGCACAACAGCUGUAUUCUGUCAUAA